ACUCAAAACAAUUCAUUUACUUUGACAUAACCCAUCAAAAACGAUACACAAACAGACCGGUCAGAAAUACAUUUUUACAGCAAAGAGUAAUCACAAAUACAUUUUUACAUCGCAAACCAAGUGAAUAAAAUGCCAGAUUCUGUAGAUAAAAAGAAUAUUUUAAAAAAUCGUGAACUUUUAUAUCGGUUGAUUAUCAGUCAAUUGUUCUACGAUGGUCAUCAUAAUAUUGCGGUUGAAUUGGGAACGCUAGUUCGAGCCGAUCCACCAUGCCCACCAAGUGAUAAAUUACUGCACGCAGUCGUCCAAGGUCUUGCCAUUCAAGAUCAAUCAAAAGAGAAUAUCAACAUUUACAAAGACAACGUGUUUUGUGGCAUUGAUUUGGAAUUCGAAACCGAAGGCACUGCAAUUGCUCCCGAGCCCGCCUCAUAUGAGACUGCCUAUGUUACAUCCCAUAAACAGGCAUGUCGUGCCGGUGCAUUCAGUCACGAUGGACAAUUGGUGGCUACGGGCAGUGUGGAUGCUAGUAUUAAAAUCUUGGACGUUGAGCGUAUGCUUGCAAAAUCAGCACCCGAAGAAACUGAAACCGGUCGCGGUGAACAACAAGGUCAUCCCGUCAUUCGUACACUCUACGAUCACACCGAUGAGGUUUCAUUCCUUGAAUUCCAUCCAAAAGAACCAAUUUUGGCGUCUGGCUCAAGGGAUUGCACCGUUAAAUUGUUUGAUAUCUCAAAGGCGUCCGUGAAAAAGGCACACAAAGUAUUGACGGAUUGCCAAGCGGUUCGCUGUUUAACAUUUCAUCCGACGGGUGAUUACGUAGCCGUCGGCACCGAUCACAAUGUAGUGCGUGUCUAUGACGUCAACACUGCUCAAUGUUUUGUAAGCGCAAUUCCAUCACAACAACACAACUCGAGUGUUACAUGUGUGAAAUAUGCGUCGAAUGCCAAGAUUUAUGCCACCGGCAGUUUGGACGGCACCAUUAAAAUAUGGGAUGCAAUCAGCGGACGUUGUAUCAAUACAUUUGACAAGGCUCAUGACGGUGCUGAAGUCUGUUCGGUGGCCUUUACACGCAAUGCCAAGUAUCUUUUGUCAUCGGGAAAGGAUUCGCUGGUAAAAUUAUGGGAGUUGAGCACGAGCCGUUGUCUGAUUGCAUACACUGGCGCUGGGACAACCGGUAAACAAGAGCAUAACACUCAGGCAAUUUUCAAUCACACCGAAGAUUAUGUACUCUUCCCCGACGAAGCCACCACAUCGUUAUGCUCGUGGAAUUCACGAAACGCUUCACGUUUGCAUUUAAUGUCACUUGGCCAUAAUGGCCCUGUACGAUACAUUGUUCAUUCACCAACACAACCAGCAUUUCUGACUUGUUCAGAUGAUUUCCGCGCUCGUUUCUGGUAUCGACGCACCAACGUUCAAACAUAAAUUCAUAUUUCAUUGCUUUUAUCAAACAUUUCCGUUUAUUGUGGACAAAUAUAUUAAUAUUCAGACCAAAAAAAAACUCGUCUCGUUUCAUUUUAUUUUUAUUUUUCUCCGUUAAAAUUGAUAAAAACGUUCAAAGGUGCAUUGUUUUGGUUUUAAAAAUAUAGGAAAUGGGGAUUUGGAAUUGGGAUUGGAUUCACAGAGGUAGUCAACGAAAGUCUAGUCACUUUAUUUGGUUUUCAUUAUUUACAUUGUGCAAUUAUAAUUCGAAAUAUGAUUGCAACGGAAAAUAUUAUUGCCUGAAAAUUCAAUGUUCGGCAUUUGGCUGUGCAAAAAGCUAGCUGUGAUCUGUGCAUUACAUGACAAUUACAAUACAAUUACA